AUGGAAAUCAAACCGCUGCUGCAGCGGCUGCAGGUCAAGCACGAAGGCGGCACAGCCCCGAACCGAUGGAUCAACAACGACAUCAAGCCCAUCGAGGCCGGGCGACGCAUCUGGACGUUCUGGACUUUCCAUAAUCUGUGGGUGCUGACCAACACCAACAUCAGCAGUUACAUGGUGGGCAGCUCUCUGAUCGCGUUGGGCUUGCGCUGGUGGGAGGCCGUCAUCGCCAUCGUGGUGUCGUCCGUCAUCUCCAUGGUCUUCAUUGUGUUGAACAGCACGCCCGGCGCCUUCUAUCAUUUGGGAUUCCCCAUCGCGAAUCGGUAUACGUGGGGCAUGUACGGCAUGCAGUUCGUGGUGUUGAACCGCAUUCUGCUGAGUCUGGUGUGGUAUGCCGUGCAGGCCUGGAUUGGCGGGUCGUGCGUCUACGUCUGCCUCGAGGCCAUCUGGCCGGAUCUGGAGCGGCGGAUUCCGAACCAUAUGCCGGCGUCGACGGGCAUGACGACCGCCCAGUUCGUGACGUACCUGAUUUUCUGCAUCAUUUCGCUGCCGCUGAUCUGGAUCCGGCCGCAUAAGCUGCGGAACUUCUUCUACGUCGCCUCGGCAACGGUGCUGGUCUUUGAGUUCUCCCUGCUGAUCUGGGCGCUGGCUACCAUGGGCUCCGGCGGCUUUGGGGAUACCAUCACCGGUGCCCCUGAUGUGCAGGAUACGAACAAGGGCUGGAGCAUCGUGUACGGCAUCAUCUCUUGCAUCGGCGGCAUCUCGGCCGGCAUCCUGAAUCAAAAUGACUACGCUCGUUUCGCGCGCCGGCCGAGAGAUGCCAUCUUGGGCCAGAUUAUCAGUCCCGUCAUCUAUGCGAAUGUGACGCCGAUUAUCGGCAUUUUGGUCACGGCGGCAACACAGGAGAGGUACGGAGAGGCGAUGUGGAAUUUGCCGGGCCUGUUGAGCGCUGUUCAGCAGACCGGGGGACCGCGAUCGCGUGCCGCGGCUUUCUUUGCUGGGGCGGCGCUUGUGAUCAGCCAGUUUGGAAUCAACGUACCUGGCAAUGCGCUCUCCGGCGGCUUUGACUUCGCAGCCCUGUUCCCCAAGUACCUUAAUAUCAGGAGAGGAGCAUACAUUACAGCUCUCUUGUCGAUGGUCGUCAACCCAUGGCAACUUCUGGCCACCGCUUCGGUUUUUUUGUCGGUUCUGUCGAGCUAUUCAGUCUUCUUGGGUCCCAUGAUCGGACUGAUGAUUUCGAGCUACUAUCUCGUCAACAAGCAGAAGAUCAACGUGGACCAUCUAUACGUAGGCAACUCGGAGAGCAUCUACUGGUUUACCGCGGGUAUCAACUGGCGUGCCCCUGUCGCUUGGAUCUGCGGCGUGGCCCCGUCGAUGCCGGGCUUCAUCUCCGCGGUGAGUCCCGGCAUCAAAGUCCCGAUCGGAGCUACGAGGCUAUACUACAUCUGCUUCCUUAGUGGCCUAGCGAUCUCGGCCGCGGUUUUUGUGGCUCUGAAUUAUAUCUUUCCGCCAAGGGCGCUCAAUGCUUGGGUCAAUGGCCCAGGAACGGCAAAGGAAGCGAUGAAGGAGUUUAGAGACCGGUGGGACGCCAUGGAUGCCGAGGCGAGGGGCCAGGAUGUCAACGCCAAGGAAGUUGAGGUAGUCAGCGAGAUGCCCAAGGAGGUUUGA